CCGCAGUGGAUGCUGGUCGGGUGCAUAUUUCCCCUUCCUCUUUAAAAUUUAUCUUUAAAACCAAGAAGUAAAAGAAAAAAUAUUGGGAAAAAACUCAAAAUGAGCAACGAGGGAGAAGUUGAAACCGCUAUUGGGAUCCGAGCUCCUAUCGUUGGUUAUGAAGUCGUUGAUAGAAGAGAAAAAUUCACGGUAUACAAGGUUCAUGUGAAGGAUAGAGAUAGGACUUGGUUUGUUUUCAGAAGGUACACCGACUUUGUUCGUCUGAAUGAAAGAUUAGAGAAUGCAUUCAGAGGAUUCCAUUUUACACUUCCCAGCAAGAGGUGGCUCAAAAACAACUUUGAUCCAGAAUUCAUAGAAGAAAGAGCGCGCGGUCUCCAAUUUUUUCUCGAUAAUGUCAUGCAUCAUACGACGAUAAGUAGAAGUGAUAUUGUGAAACAGUUUCUCUGUCUGGAUGAUCCACCUGGCCCUUAUGACAGUCUAGAAGAAAGCAGGGCAUAUUGUCAACAUUUAGAGGAUGAGAUUGAAAACCUAAAGGAACAGUUACGUGAAGCAGCCUCUGAGCUGAGUGCAACUAGAUCCCAACUAGCUCAAGCCAGAGUUCAACAGGAAGCUUUGGUCAGUUCAUUAAAAGAAGAACGUGCUACGAACUCAUACAGAAAAAGUCUGACUCAGGAAACCAGCAAAGAUUCCUUUAAACCAAUAAUGGAUGGCCACAGGAUUAUUAGUAGGAAACGAAGCUCAGAUUUAAAGAAGUCUGAUAAUAUUCAAGAAACUGAAAGUACAGCAACUAAAAGCUCAUGGGCCACUGAUUUAGAAAUAGCUGCACAUUCUAAAGGUGUUGAUAAGAUCAAACCUACUCCAAGACGAACACCAGCAGCUAUGCAACCGCUAACCUCAACACCCACAAAGGACUCUGAUCUUGUUUCAUUUACAGAUAGUAAUAUAUCUAGGGAGGGAAGCAGUGAAGAAGCUAGUGGAAUUGAUGCAGGGAAGGAUAUAAAAAAGGACAAUGAAGCAACUGCAAGUAAUCAAUGUGAUGAAAGUGAUGAUAAAGAAGUGACAGAGAAUGAUAUAUCUGAGAGUAGACCUUCUUCUGAACACAGCAAUAAAAGAGAUAGUGGUAUUAUACUGGACUCUCCUCAACCUCCGAAGUAAAAUGACAGUUUUAUAGAAGCUUGUUUUGAGUAGAUGCCAAUCAUAUGUAAAUAGUGUUUAAUGGUUAAUGAAGCUCAUCAAGUGGGGAGGCUUUCCGUCCACCCUGGCAUGGCAAAUUUGAUUAGAUUUAGGAUGGACUAUGGCACUUAAAUCCUGGGGAGACUCCUAUUCAUAAAAGGGCGGGGAUGCUCAGUAAAUAUUGAAAAUGACCCYUAAUGACCCCAGAGUCCUGUCCAGUUGAGAGUGGGGACUAAUGAAUUUUUUUCCUAAAAGAUACCGAUUAUUUUUGAUUGCCAAUUGACAGAAGUCAGAUAAUGAACUGAAAAUAUAUAUUCUCAGUUACAACUGCCAAUUUUGAAUGUCAUCAUAUAAUCUCAGGUAUCUUAUUGCCUCAAAAACAACCUAAGAGGUACUGGCUUACUCUCUGGUAGUCCUUUUAGAUUAAUGACACCCUAAGAGGUGCCAAGUUGCAGAUCUAGAACCCUAAAAGGUACAAUGAGCAUCCCUGUCCUAAUUAGAGUCUCCCCAGGGACUUGCAUAUUGAUAGUGAGCCUGAAAUCUUAUUUAAUCAUGCUUGAAUUUAAUCAUGCUUAGAUAAUUAGCAAAUUGUGAGUGUCAGGAUAUCGUUCAAUAGAGAUAAUACUCCUUUUAACAGUUYCAUUCAGUGACCACGAAUAAUAGUUCCUAGCCAAGGCUGGAUUUUCCACGCAUAGGAAAACUACAGUUUAUCAUGCGCAGUAAGUCCAGCCUCGGCUAGGAACUAUUAUUCGUGGACACUGAAUGGAACUGUAAAAUGGAGUAAUUGUAUCAUUCACGUUUUUUUUUUGUUGUGAUUCAUAAUUUACUGAGCUUUGAGACAUGUCAACAUGAUGACAUAUCUAAAAGCUUUUUAUAUUUCUAGGAAUAUUUUUGUAUUAGAUUAAUAUAUAUAUUGUUACUAAGUAAAAUAAUUUUAGGUUGAGUAGGUAAAUAUAACAGGGAGUUAAGGAUAGAAUGCAAAAUGUUAAUGUUAAUUUGUGUUUUCUCAAAGCUUUUUUACAAGUAGUAAUGUUGGGAGGUACAGAAGAAAUGCUCAAACCUUUUUCUUAGAUUUCUUUCUUAAAUUAUUUCUUAAAUUAGUCCUGGAAAAGACCACUAUCAAAAAUAUCAGAUGCAAGGCUAACUGGAAAAAUUCUAAACAAAUGACACUUUUUUCCCUAUGGAUUUGUGACAUUUUUUUGUAUUUUUCAGCCACAGCUACUUCCAUUUUAGAAAUAGAUAAAGAAAUAGAUGUGUUUAAUGCUAUUUGUUUUUGUGCUAUUUCACAGAUAUAUUGUUUUCACUCUAGCCUUUUGUGCAAGAUAAUUUGUGAAAAGGUAUAGACUUUGCUACAUGAUCAUAUAUUUGGACAAUCAGUUUUUCAAAAAAGUCAUCUUUAUCAUAAAUAUACAACUUAUGACCAGCAAAUUGAAAAGCCAGAAGUAAAAGGUUGAAGUAAAAAGUAACA